UCCAUUAACGCAGUAGAUUGCCCCUCUGUCUCUCCUUGUCCCUUCUUUUAUACGGCAGUAGCGUGGAGCUCAUUCACUCAUCCAUGGCGGACACUCCGUUUCUUCCCCUCCUCUUCUCGCUGUUCCUCCUCCUCCUCGUUGUGCGCAUUAAUGGACGUUCGAAGCCUCUGCAGCUUCGAACCCUCCUCGUUACCCUUCUCAGAAGUCCUGAAGCUCUCCUACCAGAAGAGGACGAGACCCAAAGCCUAGCCACUGCGGCGGGCUACCAGGCGGAAGCGACUCUCUCCCUCUCCUCUCUCCACUUCGAUCUCUCCCACCGCGACUCUCUCCUUGCUGAGACCGCCUCCCCCGAGCAGAUCUUCCUACUCCGCCUCGAUCGCGACGACGCGCGGGUGGAAUCCGUCCGCCAGAUGCUCGCGGAGGCGGCUGCUCCGCCUCCGAGGAACGUCACUGGCCGGAAAGGGUUCAGCAGUAAGGUUGUGUCCGGCCUCGCGCAAGGCAGCGGCGAGUACUUCGCCAGGAUUGGGAUCGGGACGCCGCCGAGGUACGCCUACAUGGUGCUCGACACCGGCAGCGACAUCGUCUGGCUUCAGUGCGCCCCGUGCCGGCGCUGCUACUCCCAAUCUGACCCGAUCUUCGACCCUCGAAGAUCCCGCACUUACGCCGCCGUUCCCUGCGGCGCCCCGCUGUGCCGCCGCUUGGAUGCUGCCGGGUGUAACACCCGUCGCCGGAGCUGCCAGUAUCAGGUCUCGUACGGCGACGGGUCCGUCACCACGGGCGAGUACUCGACCGAGACGCUUACUUUCCGGCGAAGUUUCCGCGUACCGCGCGUCGCUCUUGGAUGUGGCCACGACGACGAGGGCCUCUUCGUCGCCGCUGCGGGUCUCCUCGGCCUUGGCCAGGGAAGUCUAUCUUUUCCGUCCCAGAUCGGCCGAAGGUUCGGCCGCAUGUUUUCCUACUGCCUGGUAGAUCGCACCUCCGCCGGGGCUACGAACCGGUCCUCCACGGUGGUGUUCGGAAAAUCCGCUGUGCCCAGAGCCUCCUCGCGAGUGGCUUACACUCCCAUGCUGCGGAAUCCCAAGGUGGACACUUUCUACUACAUCGAGCUCACGGGAGUGAGCGUUGGUGGAGCGCGCGUGCCCGGAGUCCUGACGUCCGACCUCCGAUUAGAUCCAUCAACUGGGAGGGGGGGCGUAAUCGUGGACUCGGGAACAUCGGUGACGCGGCUAGCGCGACCGGCGUACGAGGCGCUGCGCGACGCCUUCAAGGCCGGGACGACAGGGCUAAAGGCGUCGCCGGGUGGUUUCUCGCUCUUCGACACUUGCUAUAACCUCUCUGGACGGACGGAAGUGAAGGUGCCGACUGUGGUGUUGCACCUGGCCGGUGGUUCGGCUGUAUCGCUGCCCGCAGAGAAUUACCUUAUCCCAGUCGACACCGGCGCUACGUUCUGCUUCGCGUUUGCCGGGACCGACAGCGGUGUGUCCAUCAUCGGCAACAUCCAGCAGCAAGGGUACCGGGUGGUGUUCGACAGGGAAAAGUCAAGGGUUGGUCUCAUGCCGCGAGGAUGUUGACGGCGGCCGGAUGCUGAAGUAGACCACGGAGCUUGGAGCAGAUACUGAAGCUACUCUUUUUUUUUUUUUAAUCCAAUUCAGGGUUUGCCCGGUGCACUAAUGUGUAAUGAUAUGAAGACAAAAUGGUUACUUAAUGCGAAAAAUCAUUAUUACGAGCAA